AUGUCUCCGUCAUCUUCCACCGCUCCACGGACGGAAACACCGCAGAGGACGAAGACUCACUCGCGACACCCCUCUACAACUACAACUCGUUUGCCCGAUUCUAGGCAUCCCGAUUCCAGCCCACAACAAUCAUCUUAUCCAGACCACAGGACCAUUACCACCGCCGUUCGGUCGCCUGCUCAUUAUACCGUCUUCAUCCGCCUCCCCUUCCAACGGGGCGACUUCCAGGACCCGCCCCUAGUAGACUGGAAUGCUACCAAAGACAAGGCACUCUGGAAGCUCAUCUCCGGCGGCUCUGGAACCAAAGAUAUCAACUGGGAAGAUCUCAGCCAUCGCUUCAAUGUAUCCAUCUCGUUCCUGCUGCAGCAGGCUGCUUGGCUGUCAGAACGACAUUUCGAGCGGAUGAGGAAGCAGGUGCAACGGAUUGGUGCCAGCGCAAACCCGGUUCCAAGUCCGGUACCAACUAGAAGCGAAGAGGUAGCAGGUCAAAGCUCGUCGAGGCCGGGAAGUGCGGAGGCUACGGUGGGGAGUAGAAGUGGUGGGGUCACGAUGGAGAGGAAGGGUAGCAGAGAAUCGCAAAAGCGCUCAUCGCUGCUUUCGAGAAAGUCAACACCACUGCAGAUUGCAGAGGAGUCGAAGGUACCGCCGUCGCCGCGAACACAACGUCCUGGUGUCUCAAGGACGCCUUCAACAUCGACUGUCACGCAGAGCCGUGCUUUCGCUUCUGGCUCGCGGAGGCCAUCUCAGACAUACUCCAGAAGCAAUCUAACUUCGAAACGACCUACGACUGCUGAAGAAGACGACUCCGCCCUAGGCCACGAUGGCACCUCGGAAUCAGAAUCUGAAGACGAACCCUCUCGCAGACCCCCAUGGCACCGCUCUCCGCUGAGCAAGACACCGCCCAUGGGCACACUGAGCUCUGAUGGCGACGUAGAAGAUGACGAUGACGAUGAUUCAGGCGGAUUCCUGCCUUUUGCUGCCAGACCGGACGAUGAAGACGACCCAACAGCUACCCUCACCACUCCUCCGAGCCAACAGCCUACCUCAAACAGACCUGCCGCCUCGAGCACCUCCAGACCACAACCACCAGACUCCUCGGCCUCCUCAAACACAUCCUCUCAACCCUCCAACCCCGGUCCUCCCCGCACAGCCCAAACCACCCUUUCCUCCCCCGACACCCUCUCGCCUCAACAGCGCGCCCAAUUAUCUCGCCUCUCCCCUCGCUACAGGAACGCUGUCUCGGGCAGUGAAGGCUCACCAAGCAUGGGCAGUAGUUUCAGCGACCUGGAUGAUCUCAGCGUGACGCAAUCGGCGCUGGAGGAGGCGUUGAUGAGUCGGGUGCAGCAUGGUGGGAGCAUUGGGAUGGGGUUGGGGAGUUUGGUGCGGAGGGGUAGAGGGAAUGGGGGGCGGAAUGGCAAUGGGUAG